CAUCUGCACUCUUCCCUCUGCUUUAAUUCCCACUUCACAGCUUACCCUCCAUCAUAAAAGUUAACUACCACCAACCGCCUUUCUUCUUCUUCCAAACAGAUGGUCUCUGCAACUUGUCUUCAAUGGGCAUCAAAGAACUAAUGAUCUCCUUCCUGGUAACAUUACUCCUCUUCACCCUUCUCUUCAUCCCCACAAUACUAACCAGACCUGCCACCGGAUUCCGGCCAGUAACCACAGUUCAUCUACCUAAAUCCCAAAAUUCAUACCCUGUAACCUUUGCUUACCUGAUCUCUGCAUCAAAGGGAGACCUUCCAAAGCUAAAACGUGCUCUGCAAGCACUGUACCACCCGGGGAAUUACUACCUCCUCCACAUGGACCACGAUGCGACGGCGACAGAGCAUCUGGAGCUAACCCAAUUCGUCUCCAGCAACCCAGUUUUUGCCCAGAUGGGUAAUGUUUGGGUGGUGCAGAAAUCGAAUUUGGUGACCUACAGAGGACCCACUAUGCUUGCCACCACUCUCCAUGCCAUGGCCAUGCUUCUGAGGACCUGCAACUGGGAUUGGUUUAUUAAUCUCAGUGCCUCUGACUAUCCCUUAAUCACUCAAGAUGAUCUGAUCCAUGCCUUCUCUGACCUACCUAAAGAUCUCAAUUUCAUACAGCACAGCAGCCAUUUGGGUUGGAAAAUGAAUAAGAGAGGAAAACCUAUCAUCAUUGACCCUGGUCUCUAUAGCCACAACAAAUCAGAGAUCUGGUGGGUUAUAAAACAGAGGGCUCUCCCAACUGCUUUCAAGCUAUAUACAGGUUCUGCUUGGACUGUUUUAUCUAGAUCCUUCGCUGAAUACUGUGUAGUGGGUUGGGAGAACCUACCAAGGACUCUCCUUCUAUAUUACACAAAUUUUGUUUCAUCUCCAGAGGGAUAUUUCCAGACAGUAAUUUGCAAUUCUGAGGAUUACAGGAACACAACAGUGAACCAUGAUCUUCAUUACAUUAAAUGGGAUACACCACCAAAGCAGCAUCCAAGGUCCCUUGGACUGAAAGAUUACAGAAGAAUGAUUCUUAGCAAUGCCGCAUUUUCGAGGAAGUUCAAGCCAGAUGACCCUGUGCUUGACAAGAUCGAUCGAGAGCUUCUCAGGCGACUCCAUGGGCAAUUUACAUUUGGGGGUUGGUGUUCAGAAAAAAUGGGGAGAUACUAUACAUGUUCAGGUUUGAAGAGCAAGAGAUUCGGUGUUCUAAAGCCUGGACCAGGUUCCAAAAGAUUGAAAGCUUUGCUAACUAAGAUGCUUUCGGUGAGAAAUUUCAGGAGAAGGCAAUGUAGAUGAAAUUUUUAUGAAAUUUAAUAGAAGAUUAAAAGGAUGGCUUUCUUAUAAAUAAAUCUGACAAAUUUUUUGAAGUGAUUGGAGUGAAUAAAAUUGAAUUGGCUUUAUGAGAGCAUAUUUUUCUUCUCUCAUUCUUGGAAAUGAUGAAUUUUAUCUUAAUUCAAUUGA